AUGAAGCAAACGGUUUUCAAGUUGCCGCUCAUUAUUGGAGUUGCCGGCGGUACAUCUUGUGGAAAGUCUACGAUUGUCGACAAAAUCCAAGGGCAUCUCGACUCGAACAAGAAUAUACGCAAUGGGAAAGUACGAAUUGCACAUCUCGAGAUGCAUUCAUUCUACAAGGAGCUCGAUGAAGAAGCGCGCGAGCUGGUCAAACAGGGAAAAUACAAUUUCGAUCAUCCGGACGCAAUCGAUUUCGAACUUUGUGCCAAUACUCUGCAGAAAAUGAGAAAUGGAGAGACGGUGAAGAUUGCAAAUUACGAUAUGGAGACGAGCUCGAUCAAAGGAUACAAAACAAUCGAAGCUGUCGAUGUGGUUAUCAUCGAAGGAAUUUUGCUCUUGUAUGAUGAGCAGGUUCGCAAAUGUCUCGGGGCGAAGCUCUUCAUCGAAGCAAAUGCAGAGUCCAGACUAAGAAGAAGACUUGAGAAAUACGUUCACCUUUACAAUCGGCCGCCGAUUGCGGUGAUUCAACAAUAUACGGAUUACGUGAAGCCGGCAUUCGAAGAGUUUUGCCGACCGACCAAAAAAUAUGCGGAUGUGAUCAUCCCACGUGGCGCAGAUAAUCAUGUGGCGAUUGCGUUGAUUGCUGAAAAUCUGCAGGAAAUGUUUCGCAAAAUGGUUGUUUCGACGGAUGCGGAUCGAAAAGAAGAAAACGAGGAGUCCGCCGAGAGUAGUGAGAAUGCGCCAAAGAAAACCGUUUCAAGACCUCACUAA